GCCUGUAUAAGUCUAACAGCUGUGCCCCUGUGACCUGGCCUCCGGACCUCAGGCUUGGACCGCUUUCCCUGUUAAAUAAGGUCGAUCAUGAACUUCGCACCGGCUCUUCAGUCUCUCCUUCUCUCGUUUUCUCCUUCUCCGCUGUCGUCGAAGAUCAGAAUCCCUAUUUCUGUCGUCGGGAGAAAUUGAUGUUCUUCGUACGAAUUAGCAGUUUCUGAAGUUGUGAUAUGUAUACGGAUAUACGUCGGAUCGUGAUCGUUGAAAAGAAUUUUGUUAAUCGUUCGAAGCAGGGUUGCGGUGUGGAGAUUUUGUUUGGAUCUCUAAUGCAGGCUUCCAUAUAGUGGACAGGGUAGAUUGCUUUUAAAGAAAGCCUAACCUGCAGGGAUUGACUGGAGACGCGAGCACAGUGACUAGUUUCUAGCAUCGUUUCUUGCUCCUAAUCAUGGCGCAGAGUAAUUGGGAAGCUGAUAAGAUGCUUGACGUUUAUAUUCAUGACUAUUUGUUGAAAAGAAAAUUACAUACUACUGCAAAGGCUUUCAUGACAGAAGGGAAAGUUGCCACGGAUCCAGUAGCUAUUGAUGCACCUGGUGGUUUCCUUUUUGAGUGGUGGUCUGUCUUUUGGGAUAUUUUUAUUGCAAGAACAAAUGAGAAACAUUCUGAAGCAGCAGCAGCUUACAUAGAGACGCAACAAAUGAAAGCCAGAGACCAACAACAACAGCAACUGCAAAUGCAGCAGCUGCAACUUAUGCAACAACGUAAUGCUCAGUUGCAACGAAGGGACCCUAAUCAUCCUCCGCUUGGUGGUCCAAUUAAUGCUAUAAACUCAGAGGGAAUGAUGGGCCAGCCAUCAUCAGCCAGUGUAUUUGCAAUGAAAUUUUUUGAAGAACGAAUGAAACACCCUCAUUCAAUGGAUUCCGAGACUUCUCCAGCUAUCAUUGAUGCCAAUAGGAUGGCCCUCCUCAAGUCGGCAACCAAUCAUCAAGCGCAACUGGCUCAAGGAAAUUCUGGGAGUAUGUCUGUUGCUUUGCAGCAAAUGCAAGGACGAUCUCAAUUGACAGCAGACAUUAAACCAGAAGUUAAUGUGGGUGCACCCCAGAAGUCUUUGCCAAUGGAUCCUUCCUCAAUAUAUGGACAAGCAAUUUUCCAAUCCAAGUCAGGCCUAGGUGGUCCAGGACUAAAUCAAGGUGUCACUGGUCUUCCGCUGAAGGGUUGGCCUCUUACGGGAAUUGAACAGUUACGACCAAGUUUAGGCUUACAAGUACAGAAGCCCAAUCUGCAGACCCAAAAUCAGUUUCUUUUGCCAUCACAACAGCAGCAGGCCAUAGCACAAGCUCAGGCGCAAGGCAACCUUGGAAAUUCACCAAAUUUUGGGUUUUCUGGUUUGCCAAGGGGUAGCUUAAAUGUUAAAGAUGGUCAACCCUCAAGAAAUGAUGGAUCUAUAUGCUCACCUGGCCAGUCAAAUUCGCCAAAGAUGAAGAUGGCACAGAUGCAGCAGUCUUCUUCUCAACAACAGGAUCAGUUGCAGCAGCAGCAGCUGCAACAGAAUAACCGUAAAAGGAAACAGCAUUCUUCUUCUGGACCUGCCAAUAGUACUGGGACAGGGAAUACAGUGGGUCCAUCACCAAACUCUCCACCAUCAACUCACACCCCUGGGGAUGGAAUUACAACAGCAAGUAGCGUGCAGCAUGUCAACAGUGUGCCAAAAAGCAUGAUGAUGUAUGGUGCAGAUGGAUCGGGAGGUCUAGCAUCAUCUACAAAUCAGUUGGAAGACAUAGAGCAUUUUGGAGAUGUUGGCUCUCUAGAUGAUAAUAUGGAUUCGUUUCUGUCACCAGAUGGAGGAGAUGCAAGAGAUCUUUAUGGCACCUUAAAACAAGGGCUUACUGAGCAUAAAAUGGAAUCUUCUAAGGGCUUUUCUUUUGGGGAAGCUGGCUGUAUGAGGACAGGGAAUAAAGUUACAUGCUGUCAUUUUUCUUCAGAUGGGAAGUUUCUUGCUAGUGCUGGACAUGAUAAGAAGGCUGUCAUCUGGCACAUGGAUACACUGCAAACUGAAAACACUCCAGAAGAACACCAAUUUUUGAUUACAGAUAUACGGUUUAGACCAAAUUCAACUCAGCUGGCAACAGCAUCAUUUGACAAGUCUGUGCGAUUGUGGGAUGCAGCUAAUCCAAGUUAUUGUUUGCAUGCUUAUACGAGGCACACUUCACAUGUAAUGUCCUUAGAUUUCCAUCCCAAAAAGAAUGAUUUAUUCUGUUUUUGUGAUAGUAGCAAUGAAAUUCGCUACUGGAACACAAGUCAAUGGACUUGUGCGCGUGUCUCCAAGCAAGGAGGCAGUGCUCAGGUGAGAUUUCAACCAGUAAGUGGACAUGUACUGGCAGCAGCAUCAGAUAAGGUGGUGUCCAUCUUUGAUGUAGAAACUGAUAGGCAAAUCCAUACAUUCCAGGGGCACUCUGGAGUUGUAAACUACUUAUGCUGGGAUCUUAAUGGAGACUAUUUAGCAUCUGUCAGUGAGGACUCUGUGAAAGUUUGGUCAUUGGCCUCAAAGGAUUGCAUUCACGAGCUUAGCUCCACUGGGAAUCAGUUCCACUCUUGUGUUUUUCACCCAAGUUAUUCAGCUCUUUUGGUGAUUGGUGGAUUGCGGUCUUUUGAGCUCUGGAACAUGGCUGAGAACAAGAGCAUGACUGUUCCAGCACAUGGCAACAUUAUAUCUGCUUUAGCUCAGUCACCUGCCACGGGAAUGGUGGCCUCUGCAAGUCAUGACAGCUCUGUCAAGUUGUGGAAAUAAGUAAUACACAAUCUGUGACAGUACACCUUCUGAUCAACGCUUCUUGAACUACUGCUGCUGACAUAAAACUCUGAAAAAACCUGGCAAGGUGUGAUUUGUGCUGUGGCAGUUUCUAGAGGUUUGAUUUGUGAAAGCUGGUGAGAGUUUGGACGCACAAUUAUUGAAUUGUUUUGGUGGAAAUGGGAAAGAGUGCAUAAUCACAAGCAUCAUCAUAUUAAUGCAAUACUAUUAGUUGAGCCAUGAACGUUCCAGGUUAGUUCACAGCCCAAACGAUCAUCUUGUAACACUUUUGGGUGCUUCUUGGUAUGACUGAGACUCAGACUGAGACAGACCGCAGCCAGUUGUGGAAAUGGUCCGUGAUUCUGCUUGCUAGUUUGAUGCAAGUUAGCUUGCUUAAUUGUGAUAUACAUGCAGUUUGUGUGUGGGUCCUUUUACAUUUGCUUCAAAGUUUUUUCCGCUUGGCUUCAACAAUGUAAACCAGUUUUGAUUCUGCCAGCGGCGGCAAUGGCAACUUGCAGCAGCCUCUCAGUAGUAGUAGUAGUAGUUCUCAUAGGCUAAGGUUCCCAUUAAUGUGGUAUUGUUCAUAUCAUAAAGAGAUUUGCAAUCUUUCUUAUAUUACGAAUAUCAUCAGCUUGUUGAACAUGAUCAUGAUAUGAUGCCACAGCCCACCGGACAUAAGCAUAUGUCCUGCAAAAUUGGGGAUGCCACAGCCCACGGGUGGUUGAAACAUAAGUAUAUGUCCCGUAAAAUUGAGAAAUCUUUUCGUUGCUUCUUUUGUAGGUUUUCUCUUUUUCAUUUGAGUAAUGCAUGCGCAUCGCAUUGCAGGACAUAUGCUUAUGCUUCAACCACCUGUGGGCUGUGGCAAAAUUGGGGAAUCUUUUCGUUGCUUUUUUUUUUUUGUAGGUUUUAUCUUUUUCAUUUGAGUAAUGCAUGCGCAUCGCAUUUUUAUUGAAAAAUGUGUUAGACAAAUAAAAUAAUAUCAUUCUUAAACUUCAUCCAAUGAAGAGGGUCA